UGUGCGUGUAUUGUAGCUAGUGCUUCUGUGAGCCUUGCUCGUCACACAUACUAGCUUAAAUUGAUGCAAUGCAAUGGGACUCUAGCGACCAUGGCUAAGAAACGGCUCUUAUUAACACUGUUCUUGUUUGUGGGCUCAUAUGGUACUUGUGAUGGUCUAUGGUGUAACUGCACUACAGCGCAGUGUGCGAAGACAGGCUUCCAGUGUGAGACCGACGGGGCCUGCAUGGCCUCCUCCUCCUCCAUAAAUGGGAAUGAGCAGCACAUUCGUAUCUGCAUCACCAACGACAAGCUGGAGCCUCCCGGCCAGCCCUUCUACUGCCUCAGUGCCGAGGGCCUGUUAAACACACAUUGCUGCUACACUGACUACUGCAACAGCAUCAGCCUCAAAGUACCCUCUAUGACGUCUCGGUUGGGCCUGGGGAGUGGUUUUGGCCCAGGGCGCACAUGGGGUCCUGUGGAGCUGGUGGCGGUGAUUGCGGGCCCGGUAUUCCUGCUGUGUGUGCUGCUGAUGCUGGGGGUCUUCCUGUUCCAGCACCACCAGAGGACCUACAGCCACAGACAGAGGUUGGAGGUGGAGGACCCCAGCUGUGACCACCUGUACCUGGCCAAGGACAAGACCCUGCAGGACCUCAUCUAUGACAUGUCCACUUCUGGAUCUGGCUCCGGUCUCCCUCUGUUUGUACAGCGCACCGUGGCACGGACUAUCGUUUUGCAGGAGAUCAUUGGGAAGGGGCGUUUUGGUGAGGUGUGGCGUGGUCGCUGGCGUGGUGGGGAUGUGGCAGUAAAAAUCUUCUCGUCACGAGAGGAGCGCUCUUGGUUCCGGGAAGCCGAGAUUUACCAGACCAUCAUGCUUCGUCACGAGAACAUCCUCGGGUUUAUCGCCGCUGACAACAAAGGUAAAUGCUGGCUGCAUGUUCUGAGAAAGGGUAUACUGUGUAAAGAAUUGUAUCUGUAUUUAAUCUUUAUCUUCUCCCUCUUAGAUAAUGGCACCUGGACCCAGCUGUGGCUGGUGUCAGACUACCAUGAGUAUGGCUCUCUGUUUGACUAUCUGAACCACUACUCCGUCACCAUCGAAGGCAUGAUCAAGCUGGCGCUGUCUGCUGCCAGCGGCCUGGCACAUCUGCACAUGGAGAUCCUUGGCACUCAGGGUAAGCCUGGCAUCGCCCACCGAGACCUAAAGUCUAAGAACAUAUUGGUGAAGAAGAACAGUACCUGUGCCAUUGCUGACCUUGGUUUGGCCGUUCGCCACGAGUCUGUCUCCGACACAAUCGACAUAGCCCCCAACCAGAGAGUGGGCACCAAGAGGUAUAUGGCCCCUGAGGUUCUGGAUGAGAGCAUCAACAUGAGACACUUUGACUCGUUUAAAUGUGCAGAUAUCUACGCCCUGGGCCUAGUCUACUGGGAGAUAGCACGCCGCUGCAAUGCUGGAGGUAUACAUGAGGAGUACCAGCUGCCGUACUAUGACCUGGUGCCCUCUGACCCUUCCAUAGAGGAGAUGAGGAAGGUGGUGUGUGAUCAGAAACUACGACCUAACGUGCCCAACUGGUGGCAGAGCUAUGAGGCCCUGCGUGUGAUGGGUAAAAUCAUGAGGGAGUGUUGGUACACUAAUGGAGCUGCCCGCCUCACUGCCCUGCGCAUCAAGAAGACCCUGUCUCAGCUCAGCCAACAGGAGGACAUCAAAAUCUGAGAUAGAGAGAGAGAGACAGAGAGAAAGUGAGAGAGCAAUGGCCCAAAGACUUUGGGGGGGAGGGGGGAGACCCUGUCCUAGACUAAGGGACAAGGUUUUAUUUGCUAAAAGAACGCACAAGUUAAAGAACAAAUAGACUGAUGAUGAAAGCUAAAUUGAGGUGGAAAAAAACCCUCUCCUGCCAGUUUGUCAAACCCCUUGAGUUGUGACCAGCCCUACCUCGCCUGCUCAGCUAAAACUACUGACGUGUCCUAUCAUCCCCUGCCCAGCAGUCCCUGCCCUGACAGCCUCCUCACUCACAGCUGUCCCUACUGAAUCGGCUGCACACUGCAAUUACUGCUACUAUUAAUACUGCCCCCUUCAGUGUCUCUGGUUGGAACAUAAAGUAUACAGCUGUUUAUUUAAUAACAGCAGAUGUCAGUUAAUUGCAUCCUUUUUGUUCGGUUAGUAGGUAAGUUUCUGUCCUUCAGUCAGGAUUUUUUUUCUAUUUAAUCGAUUUUUAUUUCGUUUUUCUGCAUUUUCAACUUUAUCAGUUGAGGAGGGAGGACUUAACUGUUGUUAUUCCAGAUGAGGAAUGAAUCUGGAUAGACUGAAAUCUCAUUUAGUCAAAUCCUGCUGAACAAAGGCCUGCAUCUUUUUGGUUUUUGCUCCACUGUAUUUGUAACUCUUUCUCUGUCACCUCAAUCUAAGACAGAAAUUGAUUUAACAAACUUGCGGCUCUAUGGUGAGCGAGUCUAUUAACUGUAUUGUAGCCAAUACACUACUGAAUCAUUUUUGUUCUUUCACACCUCCAUGUUCUUUUUCCCUCAGGGUUUGUUUACCCUGGCAAAGUGUAACCACUGUAUAUACAAUGACUUUUUUUUAAAGUAAGAUGAUGUACAUAACUCCUGGAAUUCAUUUUUAUUUUUCUUUAAAUAUUUAAAUCAUGGGUAUAAUGGUUGCACCUUUUAUACUGGUAGUAAAUGUGAGAAAAGGAGAAUGGCUUGUAUGUGCUCAAUUAUCCUCUACUGUACCAAUCCAAAGCAACACUACUGUAUGUCAGUCACUUCUGAGUCAUCAGAGCACAUACUGAACCCUUUCUAUGGUCUCUUGUGAUGUAGAACAGUAUUUGAUUCAAUAUUUCACUCUGUAUCCUGCAAUCAACUAUCUACCCAAAACCUCCUUGAUAUGCAAGUUGUAAAUAGUUUGUAUCAUGUGCACCGACUCAGAUGUAAAACAAACACGUUUUUGUCCAGUUCCUUUGUUUUUUUUCUUUUCAGGAAACUUGAGGUUUUGCCAUGAUGUAUUUGUCCCUUAUUGUUGCUAUUAUUUUUGUUAAGCUCAUAAGGUACUGCUGAUGUGAAGUCUUCCUUAUGUUAUAAAAGCCGACCAGAUUUCCUAGGGAAAAAGGCUGACAGGCCAUGUGUGCACUAUUCCACUAACAAAACACAACCAAAUUGUCAAAAACAGUUUUUUUUUUAUUGGGAUUCGAUUGGUGUAAGGAGCACAUUUCCCAAACCAUAGGAGACGAUAGAAUCUGGUUUCACUUGAAUCAGUUCUCAAAAGUGAUUAAUAUUUGAUGUUUUUGUAACUGACAGGGUCAAAACUACCUUUGAAAACAUAAUAGGAUAUUUAGUGUGCUUUAUACCUCGAGGUUGAACUUCAUUGUGAAUAAGAAAUACUACUGAUACUUGCUUCUCAGUGCUGUCUCACAGGAAGUAGAUGUGCCUGUAUUUAUUUUAAUCUUAUUUAAUCAAAUCUGUUGUUAUUGUUGAUUUCAUGCUCAUCUGCACUGUAUUUUGUAUACCUUGGGAAAAGUCCAUAGGUAAUGGUGUCCUGAACAUUUUUUGGACUGUGAGUGGGAGACCAGGACCUGGUUAUUACUGUAUAUUGAGUGGAUGGGGAAUGGUGAUCUUAUGCACAUACUAUGAGGCCAGGAAUUUUGCCUGGCAGUGUGUCCAGAAGACUGCGGUUGAUGGCAUCAUGCUUGUGGAUACUGUACAAGCAUGAAGAGGCAUCACCCAGAAAAGCUGUUUUAUUGCACUAUUGGUUGUUUUUGAUGAAGCACUGUUGGAUAAGGAUACCCAGGUCUCUAUACAGGCAUGUGGGCUUAAAGGCAACUGAAUCCAAGUAAAAAUGGCAGGACUAAUUUCCAAUAGUGUAAAUAGGUAUUCUAUAGAGAAAUAAAAACUCCGGUUUUCCAAUG